CCCGGGCUCGGCCCGCCCUGCCCUCCCGGACCCAGCGCUGAGGCAGGGAGCGCCAUGGGAUCGCGCCUGUCCGUGGACGAGUCCGUGCGGGUGGUGGUGGUCGGGGGCGGCUUCGGAGGGAUGGCAGCCGCCAGCCUCCUCAAGUCGUGGGCCGUCCCCUUCGUGCUGGUGGACGCGCGGGACGCUUUCCAUCACAACGUCGCUGCCCUCCGCGCCGCCGUGGAGAGGGGAUUUGCCAAGAAGACUUUCAUCUCCUAUGCUGUCACCUUUGGGGACAGCUUCCGACAGGGCAGAGUUGUUGGCAUAGACCCUGAGAGGCAGCAGGUCUUGCUCAGUGAUGGUGAGGAGCUUCACUACUCCCAUCUCAUUCUUGCAACAGGCAGUGAUGGGCCAUUCCCUGGCAAGUUCAACCAAGUCAUUGACAUGGAAAGUGCCAUCCAGACCUAUGAAGACAUGGUGAAAGAGAUGGAGAAAUCUGAGCGCAUCCUGGUAGUGGGAGGUGGUUCUGCUGGAGUUGAGAUGGCUGCAGAGAUCAAAACACAGUACCCAGCCAAAGAGGUCACCCUCAUUCACUCAAAAAUGGCACUGGCUGACGUAGAGCUGCUAGACUGCGUCCGUCAGAAGGUGAAAGAGAUUCUCCUCAGAAAAGGAGUGCACCUCUUAUUUGGUGAGAAGGUCAGCAAUAUGGGAGACCUCACAACAAACCAAUUCCAGAAGGACAUGGUAGUACGGACAGAGAAGGGCACUGAGGUGAUUGCUGACAUGGUGGUCCUGUGCACAGGGAUAAAGGUUAACUCUUCAGCAUAUGCUGGUGCAUUUGGGGACAAAAUGGCAAGUAACGGUGCUUUGAAAGUUAACACACAUCUCCAGCUGGAAGGCUAUGAGAACAUCUAUGCCAUUGGGGACUGUGCAGACGUGAAAGAACCAAAGAUGGCCUAUCACGCCGGGCUCCACGCCAACAUUGUGGUGACAAACAUCAUCAACAGCCUCACACAUAAGCCUCUUAAAACCUACAAACCAGGGUCAUUAACGUUCCUGCUUUCCAUGGGCAGGAACGAUGGCGUAGGCCAGAUCAAUGGUUACUACGUAGGACGUCUCUUGGUCACCAUUGCCAAGAGCCGGGACCUGUUUGUCUCCAAGAGCUGGAAGACGAUGGGACAGACAAUGCCCUCUUAAAGAGGGGAUUGGUAACAAACCAGCAACUGGAGGGUGCACUUGUUUUGCUUGAACAGUCUGGUAGUGUCUCGUGCAGCACCUCCUGAAGCCACGUGUCAGUGUACUGCAUUAAAGGGCCAUCCUGUCUGCUGUGAAGGGGAAGCAGGUACUUUGCAACUGAAGUGCACAGAACUUCCCACAACAAAAAAAACAAGGAAAGAAAGUUUGUUUUGCAUCUCAGUUGAGGUAGCUCUGAGCAAGAAACUUGGUCUACCUUGAUUAAUAACAAUAAAUGCUGGUUUUCAAAGUC